ACCUAUCGAUAGUUACAAAAAUAGUAAACAAAAAUUGUUGUUUUUAUAAUAAAUAUUGCCCUUUAGAAGGAGAAGGCGGGGGACUGCCCCUUGGAAAUUGAACCAAUGGCCAAAUUAAGCGACACUAAGAUUCCCAUUACCGAAUUUCUGGAGGCGUACAGACGGCAGCCAUGUCUGUAUAACACACUAUUGGGUACCUACAAAAAUCGGGUGUCGCGGGAAGACGCCUACAAGGCAAUAAUUAAAUCUUUGAAAAACCCCCAACUGACAGUUAUGGACAUCAAACUUAAAAUUAAAAGCGUACGCACAGUUUACUCCAAGGAGUUGCGUAUUUGGAUGCGGGAGAAGGAGAUGGGCCGUAGCUAUGCACCAAAGCUGUUUUGGUUUAAACUGGCAGAUUCAUUUUUACGUUCCGUUUCCCUCUCCAAUGGUAAAAGGAUGAAGACAAAAGCAAUCAAUCCGAAACUAGAUACAAACCAGACGGCGGUUAAAAAGGAAGACAGUACCCUUAUAACGUCCAGAAAACUGCUCUUUAAUAACUCUGGCGAUAUAAGUAUGAGUGAGGAUACCAUGGAGGCGGAAGAUCAAGAGCUGGAUGAAGAGCCGCUCGACGCCGAGCCUGUGGAAUCUAUUGAUGAUGAAAUUGAAGGCAUUAGGGCUCUUGAAAGUCAGAGUCAAGGCAACGUUUCCGCUGUUGUCAAUGCCAGCGAUUUGGAGCGACCAUCUGCUAUUGAGGGAUCAACAGCCACCGGCAAGACGGAAAUUAGCAUUGAUGAUUCUGGUUUCUGUGUGGUAGAACAGCAACAACAACACCAACAACAACAGCAUCACCAACAACAACAACAGCAGCAGCAGCAUCAUCAUCAACAACAACAAUUGCAGCCUACUCCAAGGAAACUAAAGUUGUCUACUCAGGGAACUGGCCAAAAUCAAUUAACACAUGAUUCCUCUACACCACCAUCAGCUUCAGCAUCAGCAUCAGCAUUUCCUGUUGGCGGUGAAGAUAAUUUAGUUAUUUUUGGUCAAUCAGUCGCCUCACAGUUGCGUACUAUUACCGACUCAUAUUCACGAUCCGUCGCCAAAUUGCGUAUCCAGCAGGUUCUGUUUGAAGCCGAAACGGGACAAUUUCAAAACUCUGCCAGCCAAGACACAAUUAGUGCACAUUUACAUACAUUUUAAUUAUUUAAGUUUUUUUUUGGCAUGUUAAGU